AUGGAGGUUGUGACGGUGACGGGCGCGGCUGGCUCCAUUCCGCUGAUUGUCGUCUUUGCGUCGGACACACACAUGCGCCAUGCUGAGCUUCCGUCGGUGGAAGAGGUGGCGACGGCGGCGGAUGCCGUGCUGGGGCCAGAUGCGCCUGUGGUGGUUGUCCACGGCGGCGACGCCACAAACUCGGGCGAGCUGGAUGAGAUCGCCGACGUGGUAGAGUGGCUCAACGCGCUCGGCGCAGUCUUUGGCCCGCGGCUGCGGCUUCUGGCCUGGCUGCCGGGCAACCACGAUCGGACGCUCUCGGGGCCCGGCAUCUACACGGUGAGCGAUGAUGACGCUGCCGCCGCCGACGCCUUUGUCACCCGCGCGUUUGAUGGCGAGCUGCUGCGCGGCGCAGGCACGCACUGCGUAGCGCUAGACGACGCUGGCACAGCCCAGCUGCGGGUGGUCUACGCCUCGAUGUCACCGUCGAUGCUUGGGCAUACACUGCCGUCGCCGGCAGACAUCGCUGCAGCGGCGGCAGAGGCAGCAGCAGCCGACGAGACCGAGGCGUCGACGACCACACUCUGGCUCUCACACGAGCCGCCGCAUGGCACGCUCGAUUGCACCGCACAUGGACGGGCCAUCGGCUCGCGGGCCAUCGCUGAUGCGAUCGCCACCCUUUCACCGCAUGCGGUGCUCUGCGGCCACGUCCACGACAGCCGCGGCACCCCACGCCUCUACCUUCCACCGUAA